CAUCGGCCUGAGCCACGUCCAGCACCUCAGGGCCAGAACCGCCAAGCCGAGUGUGGCACUGCGCAGUGCAGUUACGCAAUGGCCGCCAAGAAGGCAGCACAAAAGGAGGAGGGCGACGAGAAGGAAGAGGAGGAGGAGUUUUUCGUGGGUGAUGCCGUCAAGCUGAGUAGCGUCAGCGCAGAUGUGAAGAAGGCGCUGGGCGACGUCGGCUUAGCAUGGGAGGCCACCACCAGCACCUACCUCGGACAAACCGGCCGUGUGAAGACGGUGCAGAUGAAAGAGGGCAAACAGGUGGUGGAGGUUCAGUUCGGGUCUGGUACAGAUGGUCCGACGCUUACCAUUGGAGCAGCUGCACUGGAAAUUCUGGAUGAGGAGGAUGAGGAGGAAGAGGACGAUGACGCAGAUCAGCAGGACGAUGUUGACCAGGAAGCUGAAUCUGAUCACGUGUAUAGGGUCAACGAGAAAGUUCGGGAUCUGACAAAACCAAAGGGCAAAUGUGCCACAGGCAUUGUUACCAAAGUGAGCGACGACGGAAAGUGUGAUGUCAAGUAUGAUGACAGCAGCACACGCAUUGGCAUACCCAUCAAGCAGCUAUCUCCUUUGGAACAAGCAGAGCGAGAUGGCACGGGGCUUUGCUUCUCGAGCGCCUUCAACGAGUUCGACUUCACCACGGGCCAGUUGCCCACGGGGGUGGAGGCGGUGGGCGAGGGCGCCGAGCUCCAGCCGGGCCGCGGGGGGGAGACGGUGCUGGUGCUCCGAAAGGGCACCUUCCUCAGGCUGCCUUUCAAGGGCAUGCGCCAUGAGCGGCUGCGGCCGGGGGAAUCCAUCCCGGCCUACACGCUGACUCUGGAGCUGCAGUUGGAUACCCAGCACCCGCAGCUGGAACAUCCCUGGUCCCUGUACCAGGCCAGCUUUCCAGAGGUUCACGAGACGGAUGAGCUGAGCCUCAUCGCAAAGGCGCGCACGGAAUUCCCUUCCUGGAUGGUUGGCACGGACAUUGACGGCCGAUUGCCCGUGACACUGGAGAUGGAUCCCAAGUCGAAGAUUUUGGCCGAGCUGCUGCCGGGCACAGUCCUCCAGCAAUGUGGCGACGUGGUGCGUUUGCCCACCGGCGCGCGGCGAGUGCCGGUGAAAUUCAAGCGCAAGGCCCUGACAGCUGUGGAAGAGGAGGAGGUCACAGCCUCACAAGCUAAGAAGCCGCCCAGUAAAGCUGGCGGCGCCAGCGGACUUUUCAGCAGCCCAACCCCCUUUGGGGGUGGCGACCAGGAGGAAGAGGAUGAGGGUGACGCGGGGGAUGAUACAUCACACCACGGGCGGCUAACGGAAGACGAGGUGGUCAUCGAGCUACAUGCAGGCUACUGGGGAAGCAGCGGCCGUCCAGGCUGCGCCACAACAGUGAAGGUCUCAUCCAACGGCAUUGCCAGAACUUUCACCUUCUUCCCCGGCGUGGAGCAUGGGGCCGUGCGCAUCGAAGGCGAGGCUGACGCAGACAUCGGCUUCACUCCUGGCCUGCAGCGGUAUCACAUCCUGCAGCUGACGAUGCGUCUCUCGGGGUCCCACACCUUCAGCAUCGGGGACGGGGCGGACCCCACCAACACCUGGACCACGGAGUUCCGCCUCCAGGGCUGGCUGGACGACCUCUACGGCGCGGCCGCGGUGUCGGUCUACGACCCGGAGGACCGGGAGCUGGAGGUGGGCCACGAGGUGACCUACCAGGCGGAGGGCGAGCACAAGCUGCGGCUGGUGCGACAAGGCGACCAGACCUUCGAAACCGAUGAGUUGGACCCCCAGGGCUGGGUCACUUUCAAUCGCACCUGCCUGGAGCCGGUGGACAGGGCCAACACCAAGGCCUCAAGGCACCCCACCUGCCACCUGAAGGUCAAGGAUAAGAUCUUGGACCGGCGGCUCUUCCCGGGAAGGUGGCAUUCCCUGACCGUCACGGUGGACAGCGUGCGCGACGAGAUGUGCUUGUAUUUGGAUGGCAUUCAGGUUGAAAAGGCCAUUGACAUCUUCGAGUCCAGCCUGUCACGAGGACUUGGCGGCAUGGGAGGUCGAGAGGGCGGAAAAGAUCGAAGGAAGGGCGUAUCCGAAGGCGGCGGCGAUGCCUACGCAGAAGCCUAUGGCUAUGGCGGGUUUGGUUACAUGACGCCAUCUCCGUAUGCUGUGCCACAAGAAGGCUUCCUGCUCUUCGCCAGCAGCGGCAUUCGUGGCAUGCCGGGAGGCGCCAAGCUGCGCAAGGCGAUCUUCCGCAACAGCGUUCUGAACGCAAAGACCAUUGAGGACCAAUACGUCAACUCGCGCCACAAGAAGCGCCCCCCUCAGAUUCCGCAGCACUUGUCGCUGGCACCGAUCAUGAAGAAGAAGGCACAACCUUUGUGGAUCCAUGGGUCCUUUGUGGCAGAGUUUUGCAACCCUUUCGUCCCCGCAGCGGGCGGCUCACCUCAGCACCUCCACGGCAUUUUCUGCAUGGCCCUGGAUGCGGUGGUGGCCAAGAUGAGUGAGGGGAACCUGUGGACAGCCAGCGAUAUUUCCGGCUGCAAGCGCGUGCUGGGACUUUUCCAAGACCUUGAGCCAUUGAUGCGCAAGUGGCACAACUUGUGGACCUGCAGUGGGGCGGAUCAGCUGCCAGGACUCUCAGCCAUCUUCUUGCGGAGGCUGGGACAGGCCCGGGCAGAGCUGCUGCCUGGGGGCCGCCUGCUGGUGCCACUGGGCAUCCGUCUCCAGAGGAGCGCGCAGAUGCUGAUGCUUAUCGUUGAGCGCAAAGCCAGCGGCAACUAUCGCUUCGUCGUGGUGAAUUCCAGCCACAUUGGCCUGGCAUACCAUUCCACAUACGCCGGGCAACCACCGAAGAUCCGCUAUCGCACCGCCUUGGAGCUGGAAGAUGUGCCUGCGACCCGGGCAGAGGACGAGGGCUUUUGGAUGAUGCUGGUCGUCACAGCAGUGCAGCCAUGUUCAGAACUGUCCCUCUAUGACAAGCUGCUGCCAUGGCUAGCGGGAGCACCCCUUGAGCAUGUGCUGGCCACUUCAUCCCCAACCUCGGCGGCCACUCAAGAGUGGCGCUCCUCGCAGUGUGCAGAAACAGAUAGCUGGCGAUAUUUGACCUUCACCAUGCGCGUGCUUUUGCUGGAGGUUGCUGGAUUCACAGCAUCAAAGGCAAAGCUUCUAAAGUGGCAGCUUCGCGAGCAACUUCUUUCUUUCGCUGCCUCGGACCUGGCGCAGGCCCGGUCCUUGUCCGUCUCUGAGAAGCGGCUGCUGAGACUUGGGUUGUCGCAGCUCUCCUUCGGGGCCGUGAAGACCAGUGGGCUCAUGGAGAUAGAAGCGUCCAAGAAUGGCCAGGAGGCGCUGAGCCUUGCCAAGCAGAAGUCCAUGGGGGUCCUGUCCAAGACCCAGUCUGCGGUGGCGGAGAUCGAGGCGGCCAUCGCCCGGAAGCCGCGGCCCUAUGGCUUUGAGGAUGCUUCCGUGCUUCCUUUGCUGGACUUGGUGCAGGGUGCUCAAGAGGCCCCAGCAGAGGAUUGGGGCUUGCAUCCCUUCUUCGAGCGCUUGCUCAGGGAGCAGCGAAGUCCGGGGCAGAAGGUGGGUGUGCCGCUCCUGGUGCCGAUCAACCUCUUGGAGAUGCCAGAGACCAUCCCCGACUUGGAAGCGGCUGUGCGCACACUGCGGCUCACAGAGGAGCUUUGUGCGAAGCUCUGCUUCGUGGGAUAUGAGCGCUGCAAGUUCUCCAGCUUCCUGCGUGUUGCGCUGCUGCAGCACGUUUUCACAGAGCUUCUCCCGCUGCCCCUGGGGCCGCUGGCAGAGAAGCCGCCCUUGAGCCUGACCGACCCGGUGUGGGCUCCCAAUGGCAACAACGGGCUGCAUCCACAACUGACGCGAGGAGGCCAGCUGGAGUUGAUGCAUGUUCUCCUGCGGCUGGCGGAGCACUUCGUGUCGGCGAGCUGCUGCCUGCAUGCCUCCAAGGGCUUCGACGGCGUGAAGAUCGUGGUCCUGGGCGCCAUCGCCGCCAUUGCCGACCGGGUGCUCCGCACUCGCACGGUGCUGCCGGGCAUCCCGAAGCAGAAGGACGGAGCUGUGGAAGCAGAGGCAGAGCCCCACCCCAGCACCGUCACAGAGCUGCUGAACGGAGAGGGCAGCAAGGGCUGGAAAGCCAUGGCGGUGGACCCCACGUCCUUCAUGCGCCAGAGCGAGACCAUCGAAGCCACCACGCCGGAGAUUUCGGUGGCCCGCACUGCGGUUGCCAGCUACUUCGCCGAAGUGAAGAGGUCGCUGGAUGUGCCCAGCGGCAAGGAUCGCACCCUCUUUGACUGGGACCAGCAUGGCUGGAUGAUGUGGGUGCAAAAGGAGUCAGGCCUCAAGAAGUUCAUCCAGGCGCUAUGCUCGCAGCAUUUGCUGCAGGCAAGAGGCGACUGGGGGCAGCUGGCUGCUGGCUCCGACCCCUACGUGGUCCACACCUGGCCAGAAUUUCUGUGCUAUCGCGAUAUCAUAUUUUACUGGAAGUACUUCCUUUGCACGGAUCUCCGAGUUUUUCCAAAGGUGAACGAGUACACACCCCAGAACGCGUACCUCAAAUGGAACGUGGUUGAUGAGCAGAAGGCAUACGGGUGUCCGCCCAACCGAGGCAAGGUCUUCAUGGUCACUGGCAUGGGCAAGGAGCAUUUGUUGAAGCACGAUGUGCCGCCACACCGGCCAAAGCCGGCAGCCAGCGGCCUUCGCUGGCCCUCAGCAGCGCUGCCCUCGCACCACACCAAAACGGCGGUCAGAACUGAAGACGACCUGCUGUACAUGCGCACGCUGCCCACCUUCAAUGAAAUGUUGCGGCCGUCAGAUUCGGAGGCCCUGCUCUCCUUCCUGACGGUCCCCUACAUCAGGAUGCCGCUGGUGCUGGCGUUUUUCACCACCGGGGACAGGGUCAACAGCCUCUUCGACCGCGGACUGCAAGAGAUUCUGGAGGCAGUGGUGCUGGAGCCGGGCAAGCUCUUGGAGCCCAUGCACUGGUCCGUCGCACCUGAAAACGUGCCUGCCAACUCCUCAGCCGAGCAAGAGCUAGUAGCCUCCCCCUACGGCCAGCUGCUCACAGAGCUGUCCUGUGCUCCUGGGUGUCUUCUCGCCUACUUGGCGAAGCUUCUGGAGUUGGCCUUGGUGCUGGCAAACUCGGCCAUGAGCCAAACUGUGGGCACCAUCCUGUUUGUGCUUCGUGUAGCAGCUCGCGUGGAGUCUUCUGCGGUCUACUUGCUGCAGCACUCCGAGGGCAAGCUGCCGGCCACGGGGCCCCGGCCUGGGGCGCUGCCCUGCAGUGCCGCGUCCCUGGCGGAGCUGCGCGCAGGGCGCCAGAGGCUGCGGGCCAUCUUCCAGGAAGCGGAGGGCUGGCUGGACGCCUGGCUGGAGGAGCUGCAUGGCCUGGCCCGGAAAGCAGCGGCUGCAGCAGCAGGCGGAGAGGACGGCAAGCCUACAGGAUUUGGCCUUGGUCCACAGUCGAAGUCAAGCGCCCAGCAAAGCCUAGACAAGUACAUGAAGACGUGCUGCAACAUUCAUGCUCACCUCCUGGUCUUGCUUCGGAACGUGCCUGAAGAGGAACUGGAUGAGAGGGCAGUGAGCCGGAUUCUGUCAUCGUUUUCUUUCCUGUCGCUUCACCACACCUUCAAUCAGAACUUCUUGGACAUCCCUGAGACGGAGCUGUUCGAAGUAUUCCAGCAUCACAGGCGUGGCUUGGUGCGAUGGUUCGAGAAGCAGCGAAAGAACAAGGAGUACGCUCGCUUCAACCGCGUGCUGCAGGAGGUUCACGAGCAGUUCUCGACGAUCGACUCCUCGAGCGCUGUGGACACAGCCCUCUUCGAAUGGGGGGUGGUGAAAGGUGAUGCUCGCAACGCAGGACGCUAUGCGAUCAUCGGUCCUAAGCGGUCUACCGCUGAGCGGGGGGACGUUGCAACCACUGCCAGCAACGACAACGCGUGGAUUGAGCUCAACAUUCAGCUACUGCAGGUGACAGUACGUGGCCGCCAUGUGACUCCUUUGGAGACCGACACCUGUGACGACGAAGACUUCAAAGAGGUGUUGAAUCAUGGAGCGGGCCGCAAGGCGGAGACAGUGCAGUGCGCGGCGCUACUGAGCACCAACCUGGUGCGCGUGAGGGAGCUGCUGUCCCAGCCCUAUCGCAUCACCCGAUGGGAAGGCGUUCCAGCUGCCAACUUGCCCUUUACUGGCGAUUAUGUCCGACUGUACGACAUGGAGGAUUUUGAGGAGCACGAAGCCUGGGUGCCACAGCUCUUCGAACCUGUCAGGUUGAAAUUCUUCGUCCGCCCCGUGGUGCCGCAAGACACUUUAUUCUUCUUGCUGGAGGAAACGGAUCCCAGUGCCUCUGUAGUCCUCCUUGCCGCUGUCAAUCCAAAGGUACGUGGGAAGGUGUGGAAGGAGGUCUUGGUCUUCCGGGAUCUCCGUGCCGUGCAGAUCUUCAAGAUCGACUCCUACGGGCACCAGCACUACCGGUCCCUUGAGUACACCACCAAUGCCCGGUACUGCCUCGCCGAAAAACAGCCCAGCCCCAACGACAGAGAUGAGCCCUGGCCAGACUGGGGCCGCUACGAGGCAGGAGCUCCAGAUUUGAACUUGCAAGACAAGCCACCCAGCGUGGUGAUGUCCCGCACCAUCGUGAAGGAUGUCAAUGGGGACGGAAGUGCAGGGGCGGGGACUGGCAAGAAAGAUCCGCUGGAUGACCAGGAGGAGUGGUCAGAUGGCGAGCCAAGUGAUGAUGAAACUGAACAGGAGAAGAAGGAGCGAACUGUUUGGGAGCGCUCGCAGAAGGAAGGAGAACAAUACCUUCCAAAGCGAUUCCUGAAAGGUUUGCUUCCGGAGGGGCUGCUGCAGAAGUACUUCAUCUACCAGGAGAACGACACACCUUGGCGUGCCAUCCGGGGUUAUCCAAAGACUCCAGAGGGUGAAGAGGAGAAAGAUCCGGACCACAUCUUGGAGAUCAAGCUGGUGAAGGUUGGCAAGGUCCCUGCCACAGGCCACCGAGGAUGGUGUGCCCUGGUGCGGAAGCGAUGGAAGGCUGCAGGCAGGAAGCCUUGGUAUUUGCUGAACCUCCUCUAUGCCAAGGAGGGCACUCCGUUGCAUUCCAUGGCCAGGACGCUUGUGCGUUUGGAGGACCUGUCCUUCAUCCUGGCCUGGACGGAGCAAGAUCCCCGUGACCCAGACACCCGCCGGGAUCCCUCCAUCCACCUCAUCGAGAUGCCGAGGUUGUUGCUGUCCUUCUCGGUGAAGCGCGCCGCAGACGGGUCCCGCGGUCUGUGGAGCAUGGACCACGCCGAGCUCUCCGUGCCCCUGGGCCCUCCAACCUUCGCCAGGACACAGGCGGCGAAGCUUUUGGAGCCCAUGCCGCACUCGCUGCUGCUGCAGACCGCCAACCAGCAGUUCUUCGCGCUGCUGCCGAACAUCAAGGUGCACCGCCCCCACGUGGGAUCUGACCCCUUCUCCACUGAGCUGGUGUUGGAGCGAGGGAACGAGGACUGGUGGGCCAGGGCCAAGAACAAGACCUUUUUGUAUCCGGUGCAUGCGUCGCGCUCUUUCCUGCAGACGCCAACGCUGGCCUCAGCACUUUACGUGAUGAUGCUCAGGUGGAUGCACAGAGACUAUCGUGGAGUAGCAGCCUUGGUCAGCGGAGUUGGCACAGAUGCCAAGUACGAAGAUGAUGAAAUGCAGAUUUUCAAGCACUUGGGACGCAUCACUGACCCACAUCCAGAUUCACAUGCCAAUCGCCUGCGAGUGUCGCUGGCGGUUGCUGACGCAAACAUGGAGUUGCCAUGGGAUUUGCUGGAUGAGACAGCGGGCUAUUUGAGAAAGCUUGCCCACGUGACUGCCAGGUCGCGCUUGUCCGAGGAUGACGAGCUCAGAGCGCUGCAACUGUGCACGCAGAUCCGCAAGUGCCUCGAGAUCAUCGAGAAUGAGGUUGGUGUGCUGCGACAGCGCUUUUGGGGACAAUGGGGCGCUGCUCGCAUCAAGCGCUUCGUGGAGCUACUGGAGAGUGAAAAGGAGCGGAAGCUGGCCAACUUCCAAGAGGCCCAGGAGAUCGAACAAUGGCUCCGGCAGCUGUUGCGCAAGAUGAGGGCCUCCCAGCUGCCGCAGACGAAAGAGGAGAUCCGAUCGAUGUCCUUAAAGGUGUUUGGAGACUACGAGGUGGCGCCGGACGUGGAGCUGGCGCUGGACAACCGUUGGAAGUAUCUCGAGCGCCUUGGGGGGCGAGAUGGUGCUCGCCCUGGUGAGCCCCUCCUGCUCAACUGCCCGCACAGAGCAAGGGAAUCCAUGUGGCAGACGCACCAAGACCAGAAUGUGCUACUGUGCUCGCUCUUCGAUUUGCUGUGGGAGGUGCUGGGGGCAGAGAAGGUGCUGCGCAGAGACGUCGAAGAGGAAGAGGGCCCAGAAAUUCCGAUGAUGAGGCGGCUGCCCUUUCCCAUGGCCAUCAACACAGCUUUUGAGAUGGUCCAGGGCAAGAUGACCUUGAAGGACUAUGGCAGCGCACCGAAGACCUGGGCUUUCCUCUACUCGCUCUUCACCUGCAGCACAGGGGCACGCCUGAGCCGCGCCAAGGAGACACAGCCCUCGCACCAGCACACCUACUCCACGCUGCUUCUUCACCUGAUGCCGGGAAGCCGCCACCACGGCGUGCUGGCGUCCCUGCUUCACAUUCUAGCACAGAACCCGGCCAUUUGUGAAGCGAUGCCAAUGCUGACAAAGCCAAAGAAGGUGAGACUGGUUGGGCAGUGGAAACUCAAGCUCACAGAGAUCCACCAGUUCGUGGUGCAAGCCGCUGACGCCAUGAGACUCAUGUGGCCCCCUUCGCCUGAGUCCUUCCAGGAGCUCCCGAGGCCGAUGCAGUCCCCGAUGGACAAUGCCUGGCUGCAGCGGCUGAAGCAGAACCAAGGCGGUCUGUGCGCGCGCCUUCUUUUUGCACCGGAAGUGCCUCGUGAAGGUGCAUGUAUCCUGGGCUCUCCAUCACUGGCAGUCCUGGACUGCACUGAGCGAUCCCUCCAAGGAACUGCUGACAUGAGCAGCGAGGAAGCCGAAGCAUUGGCGACCACUCCCUUGGGCCACAUCGCCCGCGCGCAUUUGGUGGAGUCGCCUCCAAGCAGCUUGCUGGCUGAGGAGAUGCCCUUCGACCUGUCUAACCACCCCACCGCAAAGCAUCGGGUUGCCAUCAGCAUGCUCUCCCGCUUGGAUCGGGAAGUCAAGCUAUGCGCCCAAAUGCGCAAUGCUCGCCAGAAGCCUGCCUUGACUUCGCUGCAGACCGCCAAGGUGAAGGCCAUCGCAGACGGCGACAUGUCGGCGUUGGAAGAGGCCAGGAAGCAGAUGAACAAGCUUCGGGAGGAGUUGCUGGCCCUGAAAGCCAAGGAUGAGGAGUUCGUGGCCAUGGCAAUCGACAAAUCCUUCGGUGAUGCCAACAACAUCGAUUUGAGCCUGGAGUCUGGCUCGCCUCUUCGAGACCGCCUUCGCUUCUGGCUGCUCCGCUAUGCUGACCUGGAGGCUACGCUAUGGUUCGAGCACCUUUGCUGUGGCCUUUUGAGCCCACAAGCGGAGAGGGAUUUCACCCAGCUGAACCCCUUCCUCAGCGCCGAUGCAGCUGCAGGUUUGCUGAGCCGCUUGACCCAGAUGAUGUUGGUUGCAGGCCGCAUCAUACAGACUUGCCGCGCUUUGGACAGCUGUCAGGACCUGGCAGACCUCCUGGCAAACCCGGAAGCUGCCGGCUCCUCACUGGCGCUGGCUGCCGGCUUGGGGGAGAAGGCCAAUGUGCUUUGCGGCCUUUUGGCAUCCAAGCGCACCUACGUUCAGAAGGCGGCCAGUGCUGAUGGAGGCUUCAAAGGCAUUUUUGAUCCGCACUACCUGGUCUUUGAAUUCGUGACCGGCUUCUUGCUGCGGCCCCGCCAGGUUGAGAUGGUGAACGAAUUCUCAGACGCCUUGCGAUCAGGCAAAUCAAGCGUCAAGCAGAUGAUUAUGGGUGCUGGGAAGACCUCCGUGGUGUCCCCACUGCUUGCGCUGAUGCACGCAAAUGGCAGCCGUAUCGUCUGCCUGGUGGUGCCUCCUGCUUUGAUCAGCUUGUCACGGUCUGUCUUGCAGAACUGCUUCUCCACGGUGGUGCAGAAGCGCGUGUCCACCUUCAAGUGCGAUCGAUCCCUGGACUUGGAGGUGGCACUGUCUGAACGUCUCGGCCGCAUCGUCAGCCAUGGCGACAUCCUGCUUACGACGCCCGGGGACGUCAAGUCAUUAGAGCUGCGGUUUUUGGAGCAACUGGACUUGGCCAACGAUCGACAAGCACGCCGCAACACCACGCAGAUGAGGCGUGAAUGCGUGCAGAUGGGCAGAGCGCUGCAGUUGAUGAAGGAAGGUGUUUGCAUGAUCGAUGAAGUGGAUUUGGUGCUUCACCCGCUGCGCUCGGAGCUGAAUUUCCCCAUCGGGCCCAAGAACCUCAUCGAGCACGCGCCGGAGCGGUGGCGGGCUGUGCUGCAUUUGCUGGACGGCUUCUUCAGCGUGGAGAAGGGCCGCGUGCCGCCCCACCUCAAGGACUCCCUGCGGGCCAAGGAGAUUCUCCAAACCCUGGGAGAGAUUAUUCGCAGUGGCUGCGAGCGACGCUACUUGCAGUGCAACCCGCACCUUAUCCUGCUGAGCGAGGAGUUCUACCACAAGGAGGUGAAGCCAAUUAUGUGCGACUGGCUCAUGCUGUGGUUGUCGUCAGAGCAUGUGGGCCGCGCCUUCGAGCAGCCCUCCGGCGACCGCGAGGACCGAGGCCUCUCGGAGGACGAGGUGAGGGCGUAUCUGCUGCACCGCGUGACUCCCCAGCGCUUGGAGCUGGAAGCGUCCUUGGAGGUGUGGCAGGGCUGCCUGGCGCGUGCCGGCGGCGGCAGCACCAUGGCGCGGACUUCCUCCGCAUGGAUCUUGGACGUGCUCAACGGCGCUGUCGGCACGAAAGCUGGCCCCGGACGUUUGGAGCUGCCGCGCCCGGAAACGGGAGGAGGCGGCUUUGAGCCAGUGGCCCGGUCCUCCUACCUGGCCACACGCCUGGAGCCGCUGGAAAAAGGGAACGUGCGGCUGGUGCUGGAGGAGACCCAGGCAGGGGCAGAUGUCCGCGGCCAACGAGUGGAGAGGCUGCCUGCGAAGGAUGCAAAGUCCAUGAACCUGAGCCUGGGCUGCACCGGUUUCCUGCGUAUGUCUCAGCAGCUGUUGGAGACAUAG